GUUUUUGGAGCAUUUUCCCUUCAGUUUGGUCUUCAGCAAGUGAAAGGUAUGGUUAAUUGGAUUCAGGUCAGGUGAUUGACUUAGUUAUUCCAUAACAUUCCACUUAUUGGCCUAAAACAAAAAGAAACUGGUUGCUUUUGCAGUAUACUUCGUGUCAUCGUACACCUGCACUAUGAAGUGCUGUCCAAAGAGCUCUGAAGCACUUCGCUGAACAUUAGCAGAUACAGAUAAACAAGCUCACUGUAGGGAUGUGGCUAUUCAACUCUCAGGCUGGGAAAGAACCCAAGUUGGUGUGUGAGGUUUAGAAGGUCUGACUAGAUAAAGUUGGGCUUGCGUCCAAGCACAAUUUGUGUAUCACCUCUUAGAAGGUUGAGCUUUCUUCUACUCUGGGUUGAAAGGUGCUAAGCAGGGGUUGUUUUUUUAUUGCUCCCAGUCUCUGUCUGUACAUUAAAGAGACUAGUGACUGUAUUAGUGCAAAAAAAAAAGUGCUUCUACUAAAUUCUGGGCAAAGGGUCUAAACAUAUGUAGCUGUGUGAUAUACCUUUCUUAUUUUUUUAAUAAGCAAAAAUGUCAACAUUUUUUUAAUACUAAUAUAGGAUGUCUUGUAUACAUGAAUGAGGGGGGAAAGACUGUUUUCACCUUGGUAGCUUGUGUAACAGCGCCCCCCUCGGGCUAAAAGGACCAACUUUUGGGAAUGCACGGACAUGCUUUGUGUCAAAUCAGCUUCAGUAUUGUACAUAAAAAGCGAUUUUAACUGUAAUGAAGUAUAAUUUUGUUGAUCUACUUUGGGGGUGCAUGGUACCUUUCAGCCUGUGACUGCAUUCGCUUUGCCUGAGGCGUCAUCUAAUACCACCCUGAAGCAAUUAAGAAAAAAAAAAAACUAAGAUGUCUUUGCUAUGACGCGUGUUGACUUUUAUAACAUUGCUAUUUGGACACGUCUCAAACAAAGUACUGUAUUUCAAAAUGUAGCCCACUCUUAACCUUAUACACAUGGAAAGACUGCAAAACUAAACACCCAAAAAGGCACUGGGAAAAGAAAUCAAGGUGGCAUUUUCCCAAACUUUCGGCUAAGGGCCUGGACGAAUGUUGUCAAACUGCCCAGCUCUUGUGACGACCAGGCCGCGGCCUGGAGGGAGUCCGAACAGUGGAGCCGGCGAGGUGAGACGACAAGGUUUCGGUGUCCAGGAGUUUCUCGACGGCUCCAAAUACGAGGGCAAUUUUGUUCAUGGCCUCAAACACGGGAAGGGAAGGUACACCUGGAAAAGUGGAGAGUUCUAUGAGGGUUCUUUCUACAAAGACUACAGGCAUGGUGACGGAAUCUACUGUUGGCCAACAGGGAACAAAUUCAUUGGAAAAUUCUACCUUAACUGGAGAGAAGGUUAUGGAAAACAUAUUUUUCCCGAUGGAGCCACAUUUAAGGGUUUGUACCAUAAUGACCAGAGGUUCGGUCCUGGUGUGCUUAGUGAGCCGACGGGUUGUCAGGAUGUCGGACUUUGGCACGGGAAGCAUCUGAUACAACUUUGUAACACAGUACAAGGCAGCUUCAGCCUAAAAAAUGUUACUGAAUAUGCUGACUAUUUGGAGGAAACCAUCUUUUCACAUUCUCAAAAUCAGGUCGACACGGAUGAAACUGGGCUGCUUCAUGACAGAAAUAAUGCCAUCCCGUGUGGUAUUGAGAGUUAUUCUACAGAUGGUGACCACCUACCGUUGCCCCCAGGGCGUCGAAGAGAGUUUGAUGAACAUUUUUAUGGCCAGCAGUGGGAACCUGAUUCCCACACAUAUGAAGGCUACAAACGAGAUCCAUACGCCAGUCUACCCUUACAAUCUCGUAUGCUGGAACACAUUCACACACACAGACAACAGGCUGAAACUUUAGACUGGGAUGUUGGAGCAGUUAUUUCAUUAAAAAGGGAAAAUUUUGCUCCAAAAGGACAUUUGGAAGUCACAUCUGAGCUGUUGAUCCAUCAUGCUUCCGUCGGAAAAGGACCGGCUAUUUUAAAUAUUCUCCUUGAUGGCCUUGUUCACCCUGAUGUAGCAGAUUCUCAGGGACACACUGCACUGAUUGCUGCCACAGUCAACUGCCACAACGAUGUAGUCCAGUUGUUGUUAGAUUUGGGUGCUGACAUUGACAGGAUGAAUGGCGAGGGGAUGUCGGCCUUGUCUGUGUGUCAUGUACUCUACUAUCCUUUUCAGACUCUAUACACGUUUCCUGGUCUUACAUCAAAAACACAAACGGCAUCCACUACCAUAUGUCAUCAGAAUAGGUUGGGGGAGUCAACUAAAGUACCCUCUUUUAAUAAGAAAGUAAGAGGAAAAGUAAGACCCAGAAGAGAAGAUGCCAGAUUAGAAGGUGGUGAUAAAAUAAGAGAUUAUUAUGAGGCUGAAGGGAGGGAUAAGGAUGAUGCUGGGAAUGAAGAGAAAGUGCUGCUUUCAGAACACUCCAUUGAAGUGAAGGAAGGCCAUAUUGUCCUCGGCAGCGUGAAGUGGAAAGAAUAUUCAUCAAAAACUGCCAAGCAGGACACAAACAAGAAUGCGAUCCCAGUGCAAGCCUUUGACUCUGCCUGCUGCAUGUACAGCUACAGUAUCCACGUCACAGAGAAAGUUCUUCAGGGAGCUGCUGAAGCUCUGAGUCAUGCUUGGUUUCAACAGCAUUCUGGUGAUACUGGAGAGACUGUUCGCAAAAUGGCUGCAAUGAAAUUUGAGCACCGUGUUCGUUUAACCACACUGAAUCUGCUACUGGAUAGGGGUGCUGACCCAAACACGUCCAGAAUUCCCUUGCCUGUCAUCUUUUUGGCCAUUUUGGCGGCAGACACAAAGACCGUCAAGAAACAUCUAUUGUGUGGCGCACGAACAGAUAUUUCUCUCCCACCUGAGAGGAAAGGCCUUUAUCCUCUACAUGUUGCUGCAGCACUGCCAGGUCUAGAAGGUCCCGAAAUCACAAAACUGCUGCUGCAUGCAUUAACGGAUCCAGAUGCACGUGCGCGCGACCAGGAUGAUGUCUACGAACCAGAUCAGGGUUCCACGAUAACGAGAAAAUCCUGGAAGCUCAGUGAGAAGCCACGUCCAAAAGAGGGAGGUCGAACAGCUCUGCACAUAGCCUGCCAGAGAGACAGCGACUACUGUAAUGCCAGCAAGGUAGUGUCUCUCUUGCUCUCCUAUAAAGCCAGCACAGAUCUCCUCUGGAGUGGGCAUUCCCCCCUGUCUUUGGCCAUAGCAAGUGGCAAUAACACGGCAGUGGAAGAGCUCUUAAAAGGAGCUGCUGAUCCCAACCUUCCCUUGGGUCGGGGAGUGGGCAGUGCCCUUUGUGCCCUUGGAAACUUCAACUACCGUUUAGAUGCUAACCGACCAAAACUGCUGGACAUGUUAGAGAAGGUUGGUGCUGACAUAUUGAUGCCAGUUCAGGUUGGGGAUACCAUCGGAACGGCAGUGGACUAUGCUCACAUCUCCUUCAACCAGGACUCUGGUAUAGCCCACACUCCCUAUCAUGCUCUCAGCCUUGGGCAGAGAGAGACGUUCAGAAUACAGCGCCAGCUGCUAAGCAUGAUGGGAAGUCUGCUGAAGAAGAGUGUUGUCCAGAGAGAUAGGGAGUAUCUUGAGAGAGAGGAGUACCUUGUACAAACUGAUAAAGGUGCAAUUUCUUAUGAUGCCAAAUCCAUUAAUCAAAGUGAAAUUCCCAUUGGAGUCAAACGAAGGUCACCAUUCAGGUUUUGCUACCACUGCGGUCGCUCUGCUGCUGUGAAGCUAACUGCUUGUACUCGCUGCCACAAAGUCUUUUACUGCUCCAUGGCCUGCAAACUGAUCGCAUGGGAUGAGAGACACAAAGAAGAGUGUCUGCGGGAGACGGGAUCUGUUCCAAUCACCUUUGAGAAGAGAGUCAUGUUUCAGGCCAAAAAAGGACCAAAGACUGUCAUCUUUGCAUCAAGAAGACCGUUUCACGUCCAGUUUAAAUCCCAAGUCCUGGUUAUUGAAGACAAUAUUGCCGAGUGGCAAUCUAUUAACCUGAAGGAAAAUUACAGCUACAACUGACAAGAGGGUGGCCCCUUGCCAUAUCGAAUUGGCAAGGGCCAUUCUGGACUGAUUGCCAGCAAGUCAGUGAGCUCACUGAUUUAUUUUCACCCUGAGGUAAAUUAGAGACAUCAGUUAACCAAAACUACAUGUUUUUGUUUCGCCACUAUUGUGCCUGAUGAGCCUUUUAACACGUUAAGUUUCUGCUUCAUCUACCACGAUACUGGAAUGCCAGUUUUAUAUACUUUACCCUUACAAUGUUAUAUCUACCCACCUCCCAUUUUAAAGUAUGAAUCUACCAAGUGAAAAUUUAAAAUGUCUAUGUACUUAGCAUUAAAAUGUUACAUUUUG